AUGCCACCUUCUGCUGAACUGGAGAAUCAGGGGGAACCCCAGUUCAAUUGGGGAAAGAAAAGAGGCCGUGGUGGAAAAUUGAAAAAAGUCCAAUUCUAUGAAUCAUUUACUUAUGAUGAGGUGGAUUAUACUUUACAUGAUUGUGUAUUCAUGAACGUUCAAGAUGAAUCUGUACCAUACAUUGGCAAGCUCGUAAAGAUAUGGGAAGAUGCUGGCGAGUCCAAGAAAGUAAAAAUUCAUUGGUUUUUCCGUCCCACGGAAAUUUCAUAUUAUCUAAGGGAUAUGGAGGAAGCGAUUGCUGGCAAAUGCAAUGUCGUCUGCAUCUCAAGUGACAGCAGAAAUCCACAACCCUCAGUUGAAGAAAUUCAGAUGGCUGACUAUGUAUUUUACCGCCUUUUCGAUGUCAAAAACUGUCAGAUAUUGGAUAAGAUGGACGAUAAAGCGGGUGGACUUGAUGUUGAAUUUGUAUUUAACAGAAAAGAGAAUAAUGAUUCCCUUGAUAUUCCCAAACUGGGUUCUAAGAAUAAAGAAGACGGUAGGAAUGCUAUUGCGUGCGAAGAAAUAAUGAAGCUUGCUGACCCAAAUACACCCGAGGUGUUAAAAACUCGAGAAUCGGAUGGAAAUAAACUUGCUGACCCAAACUCAGUUGACAAGUUAAAAACUCGAGAGUCAGAUGGAAAUUAUGAUUUGAUGAACAAAGAGAGAGAAAAAUCUGCAAGGAAAUCUAGUUCUUUGGACGAUUCAUCUUUUAAGAGCUCAAAGCUUGAUGAUUCAAGUAAGUUACCGAAGCAUGAAGACAAGAGUGGUGACCAAAUUCUGACUUUUCCUGGAAAUGGCACGAAACCCCCGGGGACUAGUGUCAUCUCAUCUGAUGCAAAAUCAAAACCUGGACAUAAUAAGAACACUGUUGGGCCUGGAGAGAAUGCAAAACCAGCUGAAAGCUUGAGUGCUUUGGAUGAAAGGCUCUCAAAAGCAAAUGUGUUUACCUCAAAAGAAGAAAUGAAGUCUGGAGACCAUCCGCAUUCUGUUAGGACUGGAAAGGAUUCAGAACUAAUAGAUAAUUCAAGUGCUUUGAGACAAAGGCCGUCAAAUACCGAUGUUGUUUCGCCUGAGCUGAAACCUAAAUCUGGACAUGUUAAGAAUUCUGUUGGACCUGGACAGGCUGCAAAAUUAGCUGGAGAUCCAUGUGAUUUGGAAAGAAAGGCACCGAAGGCAAGUGUCUCCCCGAAAGAAAGACCUUGUGUACAUGAUACCGGGCGUGAGAAGGAUUCUGUUGGGCAUAGAAAGGAUGCAAAAUCCGCUGCAAAUCCACGUGCUUUAGAUGAAGGGCCUUCAAAGAAGGUGAAGGUUGAUAAUUCUUUUAUGUCAUCAGUUGAUAAGAACAAUACUAAACAAAAGUUUGAAAAAUACGUUGGGAGUGAUGCUAAAAAGUUGCCAACACUUGUUGCUUCCACCGAAGAUAAAACCAAAUCAAGACUAGCUAAAGAAUCUAUUGGGAUGGAUAAUGGCCAUACUAAGGAGACUAGCAAAAUUUCAAGCGGCAACUUAUCUAAGUCAUGUGUCGUGGCAUCUACGAGUAAGAAUGGAGGGAAAGUUGAAGGCCAAACAUUUGAAGUCACCCGAAGACCUAUUGUCGGCAAGAGCACAUGGUUUAGGGAACUUCCUUGGGAGGAAAGAGUGCAGGACUCAAAUGAUCAAGGUACACUGGUGCUGCUCCGGAAUUUGGAUCCAGAAUAUACAUCAGGAGAGGUAGAGGACAUCAUUUGGCAUGCAUUUGAUGAAAAUUGCACAGCUAAAAUGAUACAGCGCACUGCUGUUUCCAGUCCACAUUCUGGUCAAGCUUUUGUCAUAUUUAAAACAAAAGAAGCUGCAGAGAAGGUUAUUAGAAAACUGAAUGAUGGCUGCUUAAUGUUACCGAAUCGCAGGCCGCUUGUAGGUUGCUAUGGGGUUCUUCCCAGAGUUUCCGGAAGGCAGACCUCUUUCGUGGGUCAUUUGGCUAUUGAUGAUGUUAGACGUCAAAUACAAAGGGACAUGAAAGAUGCCGUGUCCACAUCUCACUAUUCUCAGACCAACACAAUCGAAUAUGAAAUGGCCAUGGAUUGGUGCUUGCUUCAAUCAAGAUCUGAUAUCUGGUGGAAGACGCUUUAUGAGGUACAAAGAGAGCAGUUAAGAAAACUCCGUGCUAAUCUCAAGUCGAAUUGA